CACACGACUCAGAUUUGUGAAGCAUACAGUUUCUUCUCUCUUCACGUCUCUUAUCACUCCCAAUUUCGAAUUUUCAAUAUCUCAAAGUAUGGCCUUUUAAUUUACUACCUUCAAAAACAACUGGUUCUCGCUCUUUUAGUUUCUGGUGAUUGUGGGUCUGUAUCAUUCCUUGUGGAAGAGAUGGUGUUCUUGAGCUGGGGCCGUCCAUCUACGGAGCAACAGCAACAAGUGAUCAACAAAGCAGGAACGUUCAAUUAUGUCAACAAGUACCAAGGAGCUUCGUCUAGGUCAAUAGCUAAGCUAAAGGAGGAUUCAGAAGUCGAUAAAGAUGGAUUCUUGAUCAAUCAUUCUCGGGUUUUAGUGGGUUCUGGUAAAGAGAGUUUCGAGAAGGGGAAAAAAGCUCUCCAGAAUUGGAAGCAUUUUGGUAUGAAUUGGGCAUUUGUUGAUCCCACAACUCCUGUUGAAACCGGUAAGAAGUUCUGCAUCUGUGUGAAAGAAGUUCUUCCAUGGGUGAUGCUUCCUCUGCAAGUGGUUUAUGUCGAUGAAAGCCGGAAAUCUAGAAAAGGCCCUGCACAUUUCGGUUUCGGGAGCGGGACUCUUCAGGGACAUUUACUAGCUGGAGAAGAAAGGUUCUCGAUAGAGCUUGAUGGUGAUGGUAAAGUAUGGUAUGAGAUAACUUCCUUGUCAAAGCCUGCUCAUUUCUUGUCCUUCCUUGGAUAUCCUUACGUGAAGCUAAGGCAGAAGCACUUUGCUCAUCAUUCCUCUGAUGCAGUCUCGAAACAUCUCAAUGAUUCAUCAUGAAGACAUUUACAGUAAAACAUGGUUGCAUCUUCUGUUGUAUUCGAUUUGUCUAUACCGAACAAAAUGAAGAUGAAAUGUAAGCUUUUUAUUCAGAUGAAUUGUACUCUUAAAGUAUGUAGCUUUGAGAUAAACAAGAUUCAGAGAAAGCUAGGAAGAAACAUUUGUAAACAACUCUGCUCAACUCUCGUGUUUCUUGUGA